AUGUAUAACAAAGAAAGCUCACAAAAUAUUAACAAGAAUCUAUCUACAGAAUGGACUGUAGGCUUUACUCAAGAUCAAUCUAAUAUAAAUUUACUGAACAUUUAUAAUAAUCCAUCAAUAGAAUGUCCAGCUGACUUUACUCAAGGUUACAAAAAACAAAUUAAUAAUAGUCUAUCUACAGAAUGGCAUAUGGACUUGACUCAAGACCAAACUAAUCUAAGUUUGCCAAAUGUUUAUAAUAAUUCAUUCAUAAAAUGGUCCGAAGGCUUUAGUCAAGAUCAAACUAAUAAUAAUAUACCUAUCGCUAUAGAAUGGUUCACAAAUAAUAAUUCGUUUAUGGAAUGGGAUACAGGUUUUACUUCAUAUCAAACUAGUACAAGUUUAUUAAACACUUAUAAUAAUUCGAUUAUUAUAUUGUCCACAGGUAUUACUCAAAAUGAUGAGAAUCAAAUUGAUUGUAAUUCAUUUAUAGAAUGGACAACAUGCUUUACUCAAGAUCAAACUAAUACAAGUUUACUAAAUAUUUAUAAUGCUCGACAUUGUGAGGAACAAAUUAAUACUUUACAACAUGAUACAAAAUCAAUUAAAAAAAAUGAACAUCCAGUUUCGCUUGUCUCUAGGCGUAAAAGAAAUUCGAAUCCAAAAUGCAAGAAAUGUAAUUUAAAAAAAGAUCACUACGAUGUAAAUCCCAAUUUAUGUAAGAAUUGUUAUCGGGCCUCAUUACGAAUUUUAAGUGGUAAUAAAUUAAUAGACGAUUUUAUCGAAUCAACACAAACUUUUUAUAGUAACUGUAGACCUGAAUCAAAGUUAGAAUUUAUUCUAUAUAAACAAUUCACUAAUAUUGAAUACCUUGCUAAAGGAGGGUUUAGUGUAAUAUAUAAAGCAACAUGGGUUGAUGGUCCUAUUGAUCGAUGGGUUUUUAAGCAGGAAAAGUAUAAAUGGCAUAAUAAUUAUAAUGUUGUUCUUAAAAUUCUGAAUAAUUCUGAAAAAAUAGAUUCUGAUUAUUUAGAUGAGCUAAAAAACUUUUUUCACUGUAAAAAAAGUGAUAACAAUACUUUAAAUAGUAGACUUCAUCAAUAUCUUGGCAUCACGCAACAUCCUGAAACAAAAAAUUAUAUAAUAGUUAUAGAAUUUGCGCAGAAUAGAGACCUACAUUAUUUUUUAAAUAGAAAAAAUACUCUAUCCUGGCCAGCAAAAUUACAAUUUUUACAUAAAAUUUCAAUCAGGCUUAAUUUAGUACACCAAAAUAAAAUUAUUCAUCGUGAUCUUCAUAGUGGCAAUAUUCUUAUUGGCCGCAAUAGAUAUGGUCCUGAAGUAGGGCCAAUGAUUGCAGAUUUUGAAAUAAGCAAACCAAUAAAUGAAUUAUCAGAUAAGAAUGCAAUCUAUGGUGUUAUUCCAUAUGUUGCACAAGAGGUGUUAAAAGGAGGAAAGUUUACACAAGCUUCAGAUAUUUAUAGUUUUAGUAUGAUUAUUUGGGAGGUAAUAAGUGGCUGUAGACCAUUUUCUGAUCGUAAACAUGAUGAAUAUCUUAUUCUGGAUAUUCUUAAUGGUCUUCGCCCAAAAAUUCCAUCUAAUAUUCCUCAAGAUUUAAUUGAAUUAAUGGAAACAUGUUGGCAUCAAGAUCCAGAAAAAAGAAAAUUUGCAAACCCAGAAAAAAGAAAACUUACUGUUCAAGAAAAAGGAAGCUUAAGCUGGUAUAAACUAAAGAAAUUGAAAGCGAAAUUGAAAUCAGAAAAGAUAAAUGGUGGUCUGGCUAAUGCAUUGGGUGAACUUAUUAAAAAAGCAGAUAAAGGCGAAAUAAAAUUUCUAGAAAAUAUAGAUACGAAUAUUUUGCCACCUAAAAUAAAUGAUCAAGCAAUUUAUUCUAGUCGAUCAUUAACUCAAUUUAUUAGUAAAGCAUUGACUUUACAAA